AGUAAAUAUCUCAAAGCAAAACGAUAAGUUUGUGUUCGCGCGCGCAGUAUUUUAGGAUGUUUUUCUAGGACUUUGAUGUCGUGAUUUUGAAUCCGUUCAGAUUUCGCAAUGGAAGAUCCAGCGGCCCUCGAAUCGUACCUGGGCCAGCUGGUGCAACGACUUGACCAGGCAGAACAAAGUUCCAAUUCCUUCCAGAAAGCCAACACAAUCCGGAAUCUGAGCUCGCAACUUUUCGCCGAAGCACAGGCAACAAACGAUGAGCGCCUCGCUGUUUCCAUCCUGGCGCGAUACUUGGAUCAGUACCAGGACACAGUUAUGGACACCGACACGGUCAACAACUACUGCGACUCGGUGGCCGAGCUGCUCCAGAACGAAGACGAAGAGGAACCGGGCAUUACCGAGAGCAUGCUCGGCGAUCCGUUGAGCUACUUUUCCAAUGACCAGCGCAGACUGUGCCAAGGAACGUUCGAAGACUGCACCAGCUGGCAACCGAGCGCGUCCGAUUUGCAGGCCGUCUUUCAGCGAGUCACUCAGAACGUCGUGGUGGCACCGGAAGUGGUUCCGGCUAAAGCGGCGGUGCCAAAGGCCACCUUGUCGGCGGUUGAGGAAAUCUCCCGUCGCGUUUUUGGUCCAAAACCGUCGAUCUUUGCACCGAAGGUACCGAUUAUGGCGAAACCGGUUCCGGUGGAGGUUGCUCAGCCGAAAGUGGCGCCGAAUGAACCCGGUAAGGAGAGUUCCGCCGCUGGGACUAGCUUCCGAACGGCCAAGGACGAGCUGCAGAUUCAGAAUGUUAAGAAGUAUGGUACGGCGAAUCCUGCUGGGAAGACGCCCUUAUUCGCUUAUGGAAGCAAAAAAUCGCUGGGUGGUCGUCGGACGCUCGGGAGCAAAUUUGUCUGUCCGAUUCGCAACGACGACGAAGAGAACAAGCCACCUUCGAGGCAGCAGCACGGGGACAAUCAAUCUGCGGCGUCCGGGUCGAGUCAGGAGGAGUUGGAAGAGGUUGACGAACGGCUGCGCAACAUCGAUCCCAAAAUGGUCGAGUUAAUUCGGAACGAAAUCAUGGAUCGUUUCUCUCCCGUAACGUGGGACGACAUCGCGGGGCUCGAGUACGCCAAGCAAAUUAUUCGCGAAGCCAUCGUGUGUCCGCUGCUGCGGCCGGACAUCUUCACCGGAUUGCGCAAACCUCCGCGGGGAAUUCUCCUGUUUGGACCGCCCGGAACGGGCAAAACUCUGAUCGGCAAGUGCAUCGCAUCGCAGUCCAACGCCACGUUUUUCUCGAUUAGCGCGUCCUCGCUAACUUCGAAGUGGAUCGGCGAGGGAGAAAAGAUGGUCCGAACGCUGUUUGCGGUGGCCGCCGUGCACCAGCCGGCGGUCGUAUUCAUCGACGAGAUCGAUUCCCUACUCUGCCAGCGGUCUGAAACGGAGCACGAAAGUUCGCGCCGACUCAAAACGGAAUUCCUCAUUCAGCUGGACGGAGCUGCCACCGCCGAUGACGAGCGAAUCCUCAUCGUCGGUGCCACCAAUCGGCCCCAGGAACUGGACGAAGCGGCUCGGCGGCGCCUCGUCAAACGCCUGUACAUUCCACUGCCGGAACUGAACGCACGAACCCAGAUCUUAAGUCGGCUUCUCGCCAGCGAGAAGAACUCCCUCACCGACGGUCAGAUUGCCGAGAUUGGCCAGCUGACGGAGGGCUUCUCGGGGGCCGACAUGAAGGUGCUCUGCCACGAAGCCUCGAUGGGGCCGAUUCGGUCCAUUUCGUACGAUCAGCUGGUGCAGGUGGCGAAGGAAGACGUCCGGGCGGUUAAUUACGACGAUUUUAAAACGGCGCUGAGUCGGGUGCGGGCGAGCGUUUCGCAAGGAGAUCUGGUGCAGUACGUGCAGUGGGAUCGUCUCUACGGGUCGGGCAGUUCCGGCUGAUGAUGACAGGUAACGGUGGUGGUUUGUGUUUUGUUUCUGUUUUUGGACAAAUAUUAUAGUUCUUUUGUA